CCUGAUUUCUGUAGUACAAAUCAAAGGAACUUCAUUCUCCGUCACACAGAACGUCCAUCAUGGCUUUUUUGGACACUCUGCGUCAGUGGGACGAGGCUAUAUUGUGUGUUGACAGACAAGAUUUGAAACAAGCUCUCAAGAUUUUUUUGUCCAUUAAAGACCCCAACUCCAAAAUCAGCUUCAACAUCGGUUGUCUUCAGCUUGUGGAGCAAAAACUGGACGCUGCUGAAAAGGCCUUCGAUUUCAGCAUUUGCAAAGAUGAGCAUCUGGCCGUAGCGUUCUUUCAAAGAGCAAUCACCUUCUACAAGAAGCAGAGGUUCCAGGAGAGUGUCAGUGACUUCCAACUUGCCCUUAAGGCCCUGAGGGGCAACCAGCUGAUUGAUUACAAAGCACUUGGUCUCAGAUACAAACUAUACGCAUGUGAGGUUCUUCACAACAUGGCCCUGGCUGAGGCUCACAUGGGUCAGUGGGAAAGAGCCCAGAAGAACCUUGUGAAGGCUCUUGAGUUCAAGACUGACAAUAAGCUCAACAUCUUGGAUCGAGCCAUGCAGUCCAUCCUGAAACAGAACAUUUUCAAAGCAGUAGAGUUUCCGUCCACUGUUCUCUUCAGACCAAAUAAAUAUUAUGUUGCUCAGCUGGACAAGAAAGACUACCUGGGAAAAGCCAAGGUGGUGGCCUCCGUUAUCCCCCAGGAUCACUUCUCUGGAUUUGCCCCGUUACAACCACAGUGUGAAAAGGGACCUGAUACCCCUAAGGAGCCUGAGGUGCUGAGAGCGUUGGAAGGUGAAGCUCACAUCGUUCGUUAUGAGUUCCUUCCUGAGACAAGUGACGAGCUGGCUGUUGUCCCCGGCAACAUUGUGUUUGUCCUGCAGAAAGGUUCUGACAACUGGGCCUCAGUCGUCUUUAACGGAAGAAGGGGACUUGUUCCUUACAACUACCUUGAACGUUUGGAAAUGUCUUUAGGUGCUAAGCAGGAACAGGAAGAAUCUCCUAGUCGGGAACCACCAAGCAGGCCAGAAAGGAAACAAGCUGUUGUCAGGUGUAACAGCAGCAGUGCAGACGCGGAACACAAGGAAGCCCAGCCUGCUGACAUGUCAUGUAUCGUCAAAGUAUACUGCACCUUCAACGUUGUAGUACGUGUCACAAGCGACUGCACGUACUCCAUGUUGGUAGAGAAGCUGAGUAAGAAACUCAAACGGUCUUCUUCAUCCUUCACAUUGAGUUUCACUUCAGAGGCAAACAGUGUUAUGAACGAAGACACCGACAUGGUGAGUGUGUGGAGUCGCAGUCGUAACAGACGUCUCAAGCUGUGGUGUCACAUCAAAGAGUUACAGGAGACAGAGAUGAUUUUUGUUGCACGUCACUCUUAUGAAUCGUCUAAUCCUGAAGAUCUGACUUUUAAUAAAGGAGAUACUAUCACUUUGAUCAGUAAAGUCAAUCAGGACUGGUUGGAAGGAUAUUGUGAAGGAAACACUGGAAUAUUUCCUGCUUCUUUUGUGGAACAACUUUCUAUCAAUCAAUGAUGUUUGCAGAGUAAUGUGAUCAUGAAGCUGCUCCUUCAUCUUCGUAGGCGAUGGCAAUGCCCUUCCUGCCCGUCACAGCUUUCAUCACAGGCGUUUCUCCCAACUUCUGCUCUAAUCCUCGCCAACUGCGAUUGGCCAGAAAAGAUGCUGCAAAGAAAGAAAGUGUUUGUUGGGCUUUGACUGUAUUACAACAAUAAACACAUUUUCAAAAUA